GUGAGGAAGGCGUGGAAGCACAUGGCUCUGAGAGUGGUUGUGGGGCUACUUUUGGUGGUGUUCGUUACGGAAGAAAUCAGCGCGUUCGUUACCGUUCCCACGAGAACAGCUCGAAGAGGGCAGUAUCCGAAUCACGCAGGAAAACACCCCACGACCAACGGGCUGCGCAUGAUGAUGGGCAAGAAGGGAGGGGCUCGUUCGAAGAAGAAGCGAGGGCGAGGCGGGAUCGGAGAUGUCGGCGUGGAGGACGAGGCUGUGGGUAUGGAUAAGAGGGGGGACGCUGCGGCAGAAGAGAGCGAUGGGAGUGUGCCUCGCCUGGUUGUUAUGGACCUUGACUACACGUUGUGGAAGCCGGAGCUGUACCAGAUGAGGGGGGCGCCCUUCACCAAGAAGAAGGACGGCAAGGUAAGGGAUCGCUCGGGCGAGGUGAUCGACCUCUUCCCCGGCGUUCGAGAAGCGCUGCUGGAGGUGCACAGGGGGCAUCGCUUCAGGGACACCAAGCUGGCCAUCGCUUCGAGGACGUCGCACGAAAGAUGGGCGCGGCAAGUUAUGGGUCUCAUCGAGCUUGAGCCCGGGCUCCUGAUGCGCAGCGUUUUUUCGUUCACCGAAAUCUACUCGGGCUCUAAGGUUCGGCACUUCGGGGAGAUUCGUCGAAACUCGAAGGUUUCCUACGAGGAAAUGAUUUUCUUCGACGAUUGGGACCAGAACUGCAAGGACGUGGGCAAGCUCGGUGUCACUUGCGUGGAGUGUCGGCGGGUGGUUUCAACCUUUUGGCGUCGGGCAUGUCAAACCAUGCAUGCUGGGGAUUAA